GCCUUCCCCAUAGUGGGGGCGCGCUACAGAUGCCUUGACUGCCCUGAGCGAGUGGGCUUUGACCUCUGUGCCGCCUGCUACAGCUGCCCGCCGCCCGUGGUGGGGCGUUUCAACCAGCGCCACGUCAGCGCGCACCGCAUGGUGGAGGUGCGGCAGCGGGACGGCAUGCUGCACCGCAUCUUUGAAUCGGUGCAUCCGGAGCUCAUGGCUCGCCUCAUGGCAUCCAUAGAAGAGGAGGGGAGGGACCAUGAGUGGGAGAGGAAUGGAUAUUUCCCUGCCACCCACAGCUGUUUCGAUUCUUAA